AUGGGGUGUUGCCGAAAGGAACUUCUCUUUGCAUUUAUAAUCAUGUUAACGUCGUUUAACUUUGGUUUCAUUAUUUCUUAUCCAUCACCAGUUCUUCCUUACUACACGUCAAUUUGGAAUAUUUCGCCACUUCAUGCAAUAGCUUUCAAUGCAAUUUCAUCACUCACGGCAUGCUUCGGUACAUAUGUUAAUACAUUUCUAUUCAAAUUCGUAGGAAGAAAGAUUGUAGCUUUCAUUAUUGCAAUUUUUACAAUGAUUUCAUGGGGAUUACUUUUCCUUAUCUCAGAAAAAAGAUUUUGGGUAGGAAUCAUAGCUCGAGGUUUACUUGGAAUUAGCUUAGGAGCAUCAUCAUCACUAUCUCCUUUAUAUUUAAGCGAAAUUGCUCCACCAGAACAAAAAGGAUUUUACGGAUCUUUCAAUGCAGAAGGUAUAAUCAUGAGUAUCAUGAUUAUGUUCAUUGCUAGCGACUUCUUCAAGCCAUGGAUUCUGAAUAUUGUUGGAAUGGUCCCAUGCUUUAUUCAAAGUUGUUUAAUUUGGUUUGUUCCCGAAACUAACUCACCUCAAAUGUUUAAAGAAGAAGGACAAAACACAAUUCGCGAAAGUUUUUGCCAAAUGAAGACUAUUAAAGUAUUUGCUGUUGCUUUAUCUGCUAUUGUUGUUCAGCAACUAACAGCACCGAAUGCCAUUCUUACAAAUCUCAAUUCACUUCUGAUUGAUGCAAAAGUACCGAUAAAGCCAGGAAUUGCAGGUUCAAUAAUUAUGGCCGGCCAAUUAAUAUCUAUUUUUGCUUCAGCAGCUCUUGUUGAUAAACUUGGAAGAAGAAUAAUGUGGUUAUUGUCUGGAAUAUUCACAUGUGCAACAUUAGCAAUAUAUGGCGUGAAUAUGAAGCUCAAAUGGAAUCCAUUUAUUGCAUUAGUUAUGAUAUUCCUUUAUCAACUUGCAUUCGGAUUGGCAAUUGGCCCAAUGCCAUGGUAUCUUGCACCUCAAAUGGUCCCUUCUGCAUUCUCUGGCUUGGCUGCAUCAUUAAAUUCUACAAUUAACUGGCUUUUAUCUUUCGGAACCAUUUUUGCCUAUGGUCCGUUGAAUAAUGCCAUGGGAGAGUUAGGAUCAUUUGUCCUCUUUGCAAGUAUUGCUUUACUUGGUGGAAUUUACGGAUUCUUCGCUUUCAAGGAUAGCACGACUAAAGAAAAUAGCGAAGAUGAAGCUGAAUACCAGCCACAAGUUGAUACUGAUGCACUAGAGGGCUAUCUUUAA